UGCAAAGCGAACAAUAGAAAACCAGAUAGAAAAUCAGCAGCAGAGAAAACAAUCAACGAAACAGCAAAGCAGAGCAAAAGCCAAACUAUAAUUUUGGGAUAUUUAUUUGUAUGCUUGGCUUACGAUGAAAAUUCAUCGAAGCAAUGAAUCAUUUUGCUGUUGCUGGUUGUUGUUUUUGGUGGCAUUGUUGGUGGCAGCAGCAGCAACAUCGACGACGACAGUAAGUGAAACGCAGACGAAUGCAACAAAUGGUGCAAUUAGACAGCCAGCAGCGGCAGCGGCAGUGCCGGCAGAGAGGGAGGGCAGGGAGCCCCGGCAACUUCAACUGGGAGUGCAACAAAAUGCGACAGCAGCAACAGCAGCCGCCGCCAGCGACGGGGAAAGCCGAACUUCAGCGGAAAUUUUAGGCCCCAGCGAUGUGGAUGCCGUCGGGGAUAAGCCCACCACCUAUCGACCCUCGGGUGCUAAUCGGCCAUCGAUUGCGCCGCCCCUCAACUCUGCGCAGGACAGAGAGCGCAAGCUGAUGAACGUCUUGGCCGCCCGGCGUACGGCCCUGCAUCGCGGUGGCUUCCGCACCCGCAUCGGCGGCACCACAGGACGCAGUGGCAUAUCCCAAGCGGCGGCGGCGGCCGCGGCAGUGGAGAGCACCUCCAAGUCGCCGAGCGAUCCGCGGUCCGUGUGCAUCAGGAACUGCACCAAGAACUUCACGCGCCGCACCACCGCCAGCUGCAUGCGGCAGUGCGCCAACUUCACCCGCAUGGCCAUGGCGGGAACCAUGGAGCGGGGGGGACAGCCGGGGGCGAACAGUUCCUCUGCGGUGCCGAAGGGAUCCAUGAAGGUGGGUGGCGGCGGAGCGGCGGCUGGUGGCGCCGCGGAUCGCGACACCAACGAGAUCCUCUUCAGCGAUGAGUCCUCCCACGGCCUCUUUGUGGUGGCCAAGGAGCAGAACGACACGCUUAACCACAUUGCAGACGGGACCAAGCCCCCGGUGGUGGGCAAGGCUGUGCGUGGCAAGGUCACUUCCGUGGAGCACGAACAGGAGCAGGAGCAGGACGAUGAUGAGGAAGACGACGAGCUGAAGCCGUACGUUUAUUUUGGAGCCAAACUCCCGCCGAUUAGGCCCGGAGGCCUGACCAUCAAGGCAGCCGAAGGCGACGACGAGCAUCCACGUGUGCUGGAAGUAUCGGUGGCUCAGAGCACCACCCCUACACCCAGUCAGACUCUGACGACCAGCACCAGCACCACAUCCAGACCCACAGCCUCCACGCGACGUCCCCUGACCGCCGUGGAGCGCAGUCGCAGCCGCUACAAGUACCACAUGCGGGAACGAGGCAUAGCCGCAGCGGCUGACCCACCGCCACCCCCCGCUGUGAUCGCCCCACCAGUAAGCCGCACGCGAUAUGUGGGCUCGGGGCGAUCCACAGCGGGACUGCAGUCCGAAACGGAGGUGGCCAAGCCCGUGGUGGUGCGUAGGGUGGUGGCCCCCAAGGCAGCACAGCCUUCUUCCUCGACGCCGCUCAUCAUCACGGUGCUGAGUGCCGAGGAGGAUACGACGUUGGGGCAGGCAGAAGUGCAGCAGCCAGAGGCAACCACAACCACCAGUACAAGCACCACCACAACGGCGAAACCUACAACAACAAGCACAACAACCACCCAAGCACCACCACCACCUAGCACCACCACCACCAAGAGAACCACCACGAAAGCACCAACCACAACCACAACAACAACAACAGCAAAGACUACAACCAGCACAACGCCGGGCACCACCUCGAGCACCACCACCAUCCAUUCCGUCGUUCCAACCACACCGAAGCGAAAGAGCAUCAUCGAGAAGGACACAGAGCUGAUUCGGGCGUUGGGGCCAGCCCUAACGCAAGAGAUCAACAUCGAGGAUCAGAACAAUCUCAUCAUCUUCUGCAACAACACCUCCGACUGUGGCGCCACGCCGCGCACACCCCACACGCAGCUGUCGCACACCACCGACUCGAGUCCGAAGAUACUGCGCACCACAGUGCUGACCUCAGUGCGAUCCACAGUGCACCCGCGCACCACCACCAGCAGCAGCAGCAGCAGCACCAGCACCACACAGGCAGCACCACCCGCUGAUGUCUACAUUGGGGUGGUGGAAUCCUCCUCGUCGGCCAGCGCCACGCCGCUGGACAUUAGCUCCACGAUUGUGAUUGCCAACGAGCGGGAUGUGGAUCUGGAGAUGCGGCGAAUGAAUCUCGUGACCCUGGUGCUGGUGGCCGUGGGCGUGAUACCGCUGGCCGCCAUCAUCCUCUAUCUGGUGCGCAACUAUGUGGUGCGUCGCAGGGCCAAGAAGCACGGCGAGGUCUUUGACGUGUGCAUCACGGACCAGCAGCCCAUCAGUCCCGUGAAGAAGGUGGACUCCAAGUACCAGUUGGAUGAGGAGGAGGACGAGGUGGAUCACCAUCAGCACCAUCACCAACAACAACAGCAACAGCAACACCAUCAUGCGCAACACCAGGCCAUGCCCAUGUCGCAGGCGUCGCGGGAUGCCAACCACAAUCGGUAUACGAUGGACGACAAGACGUCGCUGGCCAGCGAGUACCAGGACUUUGAUCGCAGCAACAUUCGCCUGAAGAGCCUCCUGGGCGAGGGCAACUUCGGGCAGGUGUGGAAGGCGGAGGCGGACGACCUCAGCGGCCACUUUGGGGCCACGCGCAUUGUGGCCGUCAAGACGAUACGCGCCUGCAGUGCGCAGGUGAGCCUCAAGGACGAGGCCAACAUCAUGAGGAAGCUGGGCUCCCAUCAGAAUGUGGUCACCCUCCUCGGAGCCUGCGUCGAGAGUGAGCCCCACAUGCUGAUCAUGGAGUAUGCGAUGCGUGGUCGCCUUCUAUCGCUCUUGAGGGCAGCUCGGAGUGCCACGAACAUCCUGCCCGCCUCAGUGCCAGGUGGACGUAGUCUGGCUCCACUCUCUCCGCGAACCCUGGCGGGCUUUGCCCUGGACAUUGCCUGCGGCAUGGAGUACAUAGCAGGGCGAAGGAUUGUUCAUCGAGAUCUGGCCGCUCGAAAUGUGCUCCUCGAUCACAAUGGCAUGUGCAAGAUUUGUGAUUUUGGCAUGUCCAUUGACCUGGAUGCGGAGCGCAUGCGCAAGGAGCAGGAGAAGAAUGCGGCCAACGAUAUACUGCGCAGCAAUGCUCUGAAGUUCAAGUUUGACUUUGGCAGUCGCUACAUCCUGCAGCACUGGCAGCACACCUUCGGCCAGGGACAGAGUAACGGACACUGCUCGAAGGAGCAUCAUCACUCCCAUGGCGGCCACGACACGAUUGGCAAGCGCCACGCUCUGCCCAUUAGAUGGAUGGCGCCCGAGAGCCUGCAGUAUCACAUGUUCACCACAGAAACGGACAUCUGGGCCUUUGGCAUUGUCCUUUGGGAGAUUGCCACAUUGGGCUCCACGCCGUACUCCCAGCAGACGGGCCGCGAAGUGAUACGCCGGGUGCCGCAGGGUCUGCGUCCCGAGCUGCCCAAGGAGAGCCGCCAUGAGUUCUACAACCUGAUGUCCCGCUGCUGGCACAAGGAUCCGCACAUGCGCCCAUCGUUCGCCCAGUCCCGGCUGGAAAUCACCCGAUCGCUGCACAAAUGGGUCGACGACGACUCGGCCGCCUCCGACUACAUGGACGUGAGCGGCUUCAGCGAGGAUCUCGAGCAUGGUGUGGUGUACUUCAACCAUCGCAUCUCGGAGUUUGAAUGCGAAAUAUGACGCUGACUGAAUCACCCCAUCCUCCAGCAUUCCCAAAAGUACAUCCCCCCCCCACCAGCAUCUCAUCUCAUCCCACAACUCGUCCACCGGCACCACCACAUCUCUAUCUCUCUGUCCCUUAAUCGAUUCGAAAUUCUCUUAAUUUUUGGCGUGCUUGUCCGAGCAGUAUUAUUUGUAUUUUACGAGUACCUAUAUAUAUUUGAUCACCCAUUUCCUUUCCAUUUCCGGAGAGUUUUUUUCAUUGUAAAUAUAUAUGUAUAUUUUUUGUUUGAAAAGUUUAAGAUUUAUGAUUAAUGAAUGGCGCUGCUACCUAUGCCUAGUUUAAUGCGAGAGUAUUCGUCACUUAGUUCUUCUAGUCUGUAUCUAAAAAAUCCCAUCUUCAAGUUGAGCUAUUACCGUUAUCGUUAGACUGCACCCCAAGAGAGGAAAGAACCUUAGAACUCCCAUCAGUUGUGUAAUAUGUUUCGUUAUUAGGCGUCCAUCGCAUAGGAACUGUGUAGUUUUUU